GAGUUUCGCAGGGAAGAUGGCGGACGAUAAGGACUCUCUGCCGAAGCUGAAGGAUCUUGCUUUUUUGAAGGAUCAGUUGGCAAACUUGCAACAAAGAGUGGAAAAUGAGGUGCAGACGGGAGUAGGACAGGAAGGUUCCUUGCUGGCAUCUCCAUUUCUCAAAGGGUUCCUUGCUGGGUAUGUUGUAGCCAAACUGCGAUCUUCAGCAGUCUUGGGAUUUUUAGUGGGGACUUGUUCUGGAGUGUAUGUUGCUCAAACCUAUGCAAUCCCUAAUGUGGAGAAGACGAUCAAAGAGUUCUUCAGUUCAUUCAGGAAAGGACCAGACUAAAAGACUCUCCUUCAUGUAGUGGUGCACUCUAGAAACUCCUCUUUAUAUUUUACAAUUUUUAGACAAUUUCACUGCUUACAAAGGGUCAUAGGCAUUUGGUUACUCUGGCUCCCAUUUCAGCAUUCAUGUCCAUUGGAAAUGUUUUAUAUUGAGUGAGGGUGAAAUUUCAGCAGGUCUGAUUAUAAUUAUUCUCAGUUAUUGUAUCAUGAAAGUGGUAGUUGCAGCUUCAGCCAUACUAGGGUGCUUUUAGACUAUCAGCUUAGACAGCUACAUUUCUUUUCUGUAAUGUGCUUGUCUUUGCUGUCUAUUGAACUGAAGGCCCGCUGUUACUGCCUGCUGCUGGCUCUAUAAACUGCCACGUACCCCUGGCUCAGGAAAUGCAGUUUGCAGUUUGCAUAGCUCACAUGUUGAGGUCACUUUGCCCCUAAUCAUGUGCAAGUAUUAUAACCAAAUGUGACUGACUGGAUUGUUGGGCUUGUAAUGUGAGUCCUCCCUUACUCCCACUCUGGAAGAUAAUGUUUAAAAAAGUACCAAGACAAAUCCUGUGCCCCUUCCAAUAAAAAGUUGGAGACUGAUGCAAUCCUUGUUUCCAGUGCUUCACAGAAAUGGUCUUUGAGAACACUUGUAGUGUCCGUAAACUAGGCAGAUCUGCUGCUUCUACGGUACUUGAGAAAGCCCUGUGGGGACUGAUGCUCCUCUUGUCCGUUGUCAUCUACGGCUCUCAUGCACCACUCUUGACUCUCUGUAAGGACAAUGGGAAGAUCCCAUUCAGUGCCUCAUCUGUGGUGGUUUUGAUUGAGCUGACGAAGCUGGUGCUCUCCUUGGUUUUUCUGCUGAUCUGGGACUGGAGGCAGCUAAGAGUCUCCGUGUCAUGGCAACACGCGGCUCCUUUUGCUCUCUCGGCACUGUUGUAUGCAGCCAACAACAACUUGGUGGUCCAUAUGCAGCUGUUCAUGGAUCCUAGCACCUACCAGGUGUUGAGCAACUUGAAAAUCGGCAGCACUGCCCUCCUUUACAGUGUGUUCUUGCACCAAAGACUAACUGCCCGUAAGUGGGUAGCCCUCUUCCUGCUUACAGCUGCUGGGGUGUUGUAUCCCUACGGAGGCCUCCAGGAUCUUCAGCCCUCUCCCGCCUCUGACAUGGAACUGCAUAUCACACCCGUCGGCCUUCUGCUGAUUUCUCUGUACUGUAUGAUCUCCGGCCUUUCUGCCGUCUACACCGAAGUUAUCCUGAAGACCCAGGAUCUGCCUCUCAACCUCCAAAACCUAUUUCUUUAUUUUUUUGGUGUUUUGCUGAAUGUGGCCAUCCAUCUGUUAAGCGCUUCAGCCACUGGGUACCUGGAGGGUUUCUCAUUGUGGGUGCUGCUGGUUAUUGUCAGCCAAGCCCUGAAUGGUUUGAUCAUGUCCGUGGUCAUGAAGCACAGCAGUAACAUCACAAGACUUUUUGUGAUCUCCGCCUCCGUGGUGGUGAAUGCCCUUCUCUCUGUCCUGUUGUUCAGCCUGCACCUCACUGCCUUUUUCUUCUUUUCUGUGCUGCUCGUUGGCUUGGCUGUUCACUUGUAUUAUGGAGUCAAGUAGCUGAAGGGAAACCGCAGGAAGUGAUAGGCUUUCCUUCCUUACACCGUUUCCUUACUGUCUCCUGACUGGCUUAAAGGCGCCUCUCUUGCAGCCCUUUGGGAAGUGUUCGUAUGCUGCGCUAUAGCUCACUCCAGCCCAUGCUCUGACUAGUCAUGUUAUUAGCGACAGUGUGAGGAAACAGAAGAUAACUGCAUGGGAGCUCACUUUCCUGGGGCCAUGGUGAAGAAUGACCUAGGGAGGGCUGCCUGGUGCAUUAACAUGGGAUUCCGAAUGUAGCUGCUGGUACCCCACAAGCAGCCAGGGCGAUGCAUCUUCCUUGGCUGAGUAAUUUCCAGAAUCUGGCUUUGAGGUAUUUCCUGGGUCUGAUAAGAGGGACUGCUCUGACCUUUACAUUUUUGUAUGUGGUGUGAAGGCCAAGGGAACUCUGUUUUUAGACGAUAUCAGUAUAACCGCAUUCGUUUAGGAAAGGGGCAUUUGAAUGAAGUUAGCCACUUCUGCAUGGAGGAUGUCUUGCUUCGACAUCUCUCUUCCCCCACCAGAAGUCCUGAUUUAGCCCAGUGUGGCGACAAAGUGCCUUUUGGGGGGAAAAAAUUCUACUGUGCUUGUUGUUAUGGUCUGUUCCUGAAGGAACCCGUCACUGGCCAAGAUUGCCUGGGAAACUGCGAUGGUCUCAGGUUCCCGUAACAGAGUGUCUGAAAGCCAGCAGUUGCUUCUCGCUUUCUCUCCCUUCUUUCCCUGAAAUAUCUUCCUAUGUGACGUGCUUUUUUCAUCUGUCUAGGAGCUGAGUUCAUAAUCCUCCCCGCAUAAGCAGCCCCAUAUUCUGCUCAAACCUAUUACAGAUGGCUAAAUGUCUCUUCCCUAGAUUUGGGCCGUUGGUCAUUGGGACUGCUCUGUAGUGAUCUGGUGUCCAAGAAACAAAAACCCAUGUCAAGACGUUCUUCCCUAUUCACACAGGACAGUCAAGUUAUGAUCUCAGUGGCAUUUUUCUCUUUGUCCAGCUGGGAUCUUCCCUGCCAGUUCUGUCUCCUCAGCAAAUGCUGCAGUUUCUCCUUCUGCUGCUGCCACCGGCUCACGUAUUGAGAAGUCUUCUGCUUAUUUGCUUGGGGGGGGGGAGUGCUAAGUUAUCCAGCUCCAUGUGCACUCUGGAUGGGCAGCUCUGGACUUCAGGCUGGGACUACACUGGUUCCUUGAUUGCCAUUAGCUCCUGUGGGGGCGUAUGGCCAGUGACCCUCAUCUACUAGCUAAGAAUUGCAAAUAGUAUCUGUAUCUGCUCAGGUUCAACUAGAGUCAAUUCAGUAUGCCAAACAAUGCCUA